CCCGCCUGCGGCCCCGGAGAAUCCGGGGGCGCCGGGAAGGGAUCUCCAAGCGGGCCCGGAGAUCAGCACCCCAGCCUGCCGGGGCGCAUCCCCGGAGAGCCUGAGGCGCCGGGGCCGGGCCGCCGAGCCCGGGCGUCCGGGUUCCGGGCCCCGUCGGCUGACGCUCCUUCUCCCUCCGCAGAGCGCCCUGACGACGGGACGAUGACGGCAGGGAGCCCCGGAGCCCGCGGGGAGGCACAGAGCCCGGAGUCCCCCGGCCUGCCCUCGGCCCCAGCCCGCGCCCUCCGCCGCCUGGGCCGCCGCCGCCGCCUGGGCCGCCGCCGCUGCUCCCAGCCCGAGCUACUGGGGCUGCGGGCUCGGCUGCGGCUGCGCUCGCCGUCGGGGGCCUUCGCGGCGCUGGGGGCGCUCGUGGUACUGGUGGGCAUGGCUGUGGCCGUGGCGGGCUACUGGCCCCACCGCGCGGGGCCGCCGGGGACCCGGGCGGCCAACAGCACGGCGCCGGCAGAGAUACGACGGUCGGGCCGUCUCCCGGGCCCCUCGGAGAAGCUGAGGCUCCUGGGCCCUGUGGUCAUGGGCGUGGGGCUCUUCAUCUUCAUCUGCGCCAACACGCUCCUCUACGAAAAUCGCGACUUGGAGACCCGACGGCUCCGCCAAGGGGCCCUGCGGGCGCAGGCACUGCGACCGCCCGAUAGCCCAGCCGGGGACGGCGGCCCCAGGACUGCCUGCCGCCCGGGGGGGGGCUGGCAGCCCGAGAGGAGAGACUUCUCGCCCCGUCUGGGCGCUUCCCCCGUCCCGUCAGUGCGGAGCCUGCGCUCGGAGCCCCCGAGCCUCCGCCCGGCCCUGCCCGCCCCUCCGCUCACCAGGUGGUCGCUGAGGGCCCCAGGGCCGCGGGGGGAGCCCUCCCCACCCUGGAGCCCCCGAGGAAGGCUGGGACACGUGGUGAUCGCCGUGCAGCCGCAGGUUCUUGCAGGGCACUCCAAAUCUUUGGACUUGGGCCGGGGCGGGGUGCUGCUGGGAACCCCGCCCAGCGGCGAUCGCGCACACCGCAGCUGGCCUCGCCUCGACCUGCUCAGCCUGGGCGGUUACACCAAACUGGACGGCGGUGGGGACUUAGGGGCCCGGGUCUGAAGUGCUCCAGAGGCAUCCUUCUAAAAGACUGCAGUGCGCACACGCGCUGGGAGUGGGACCGAGGCGUCCGGAUGCCAGCACGGAGCAUCUUCCAGACACUGGUGCUGGCAUCUAGACAUCCGGACGAGCUAGGCAG